UAUCAGUACUCCACUACAGUACAAAAUUUCAAAGUGCUUUUUUCACGGCAAAGUAAAAUUAAUUUUACUUAGCCGUAGCUUCUUACGAUUAAUUUUACUCUGCUGUAAAAAAAAAGCACUUUGAAAUUUUGUGUACAACUGUUUUACGUUUUUGCCGUAGCAUUAUAAAAAGGCCUUACGAUGUGUUUUUCAUUUUAAUUUUUCUACAAUUCGCUCAAUUUACCGGAUCAGUAUUAACCUUAUAAUUAACAUGUUGUACUAGCAUGGAUUAUCAAGACACCUUUGGUGAACAGGAAGAAGAGGAUUUUCCAGGCAGACUUCUUCACCAGGCGGCAUUGUGGGAUAAUGCUGAACUGCUGGAAGAUUUACUAAGAGGCGAACAGCUGGCAUAUAUCAAUAGUCAAGACGCUUGGGGACGUACUCCGUUACAUGCUGCAGCAACUACAGAAAAUUCAAAAUGUUUAAGAGUAUUGUUACAGUCUGGAGCCAAUCCAAACACUGCUUGCGGUACUAGAGGUGAAGCUAAAGUAACUAGUAUUUGUGUACUGGAGAAUGAAAUCUAUAUCGGUACAACUUGGGGUUGUAUUGUGGUCGCUGAACGAGAAUCAAUGCGACCGAUUACAGUAUUUCGACCGUUUCAAGAAGAAGUAUGCUCGAUAUUGGCGUUACCAGUCAAAGUUGACGGUCGAACGUGUCUCGCUACCGUAGGACGUGGUUAUCGAAGCCUCAUUAAUCGCUAUAAAAUAAACCUGGAAAUGCCUCUUCAAAAGCGUCAUUGUUGAUUAAUAGCAGCACAUUUGCGAUUCUUUGGUCAACUGGGUAUUGGGCUGCGACAUGAUUCAAUAUUUUUUCGUUAUUGGAUUUCAAAUUUUUUACAGCUGUUACGUUGUUGCGUAAUCGUGAUAAUUCAUUCUAUUACCAGUUUUUAUUUUGUCAAUUUUUUAUACCGAUGUACAUGUGCUUUAUAAUUUUUUUAAAAGUCAUAUCUGAAUUUUUUUUAAAUUGAAGCGUAAGGUACUGGGUUGGAAGAACAGAACGAGAUCAAGAAAAUCAUCAGAUUCUGAUGUGAAGACAAAAAGAAAAAAAUGAGAUUUAAAAUUAAAUUUCAAAAAAAACCCAGAAUGAACUUGAAGAGAUCGUUUUUAUUUGGUCUGAAAAACGAAUCGUUCAGCAGUAUAGUUCUCAUCUUUUCUCAAAGGAAGCUUUGCUUUGCAAUGGAGCGGCAGAUUUUUUGAGUCGAGUUGAAGAAUUCUGCUUUCAGUAACGAAACGAGAAAUAACAUUCUAUUGUAAGAAUGAAAACAGGACUUUGUUGUUCUUUCAAACCCAGUUUGCGGUACAUGACCUAAGCUUCACCUUUAAAACGAAUGCUCAGUUUUUUUGUUUUUUUUAUACUCGUACAUGACAUUUUUUUCUUGCCUGUUGAAAACGUUGACGUAAGGUGUUCUUUCAAACCAAGUACCAAGACACAAUUUUAAUCUUGUAGGCUUAUCAAAACUAAAUUCAAUCAUGCUAAAAUAAUACCGGGCCAUUCCAUGCCAAAUCGGCGAAUUUUUGCACGAGGGUUCUUCGAUUUUUUUCAAAAUCAGAUCAUGUGUAGAGGUCAUCAAACGAUGACGAAUGACGCAAACAGGUCAUUUUUUCGAUUUUUUUUUGACGGAGCUGUGGCGCUUCAAAUUUCUCCAAAAUGGCCGAAAAUGGAAAAUUUCAUUUGCAAAUUGCUCCGGUUGUACGGGGUAUAGAAUUUUGAACUUUUUUUCAAAUUGUAGUACUUUGAGAGGGUAAUCGACGAAUGAUGUCAAAAUCAGUGUUGCCACUUUCUGAAACCUAAAAAACUCGAUUUAAAAACUUAUAAUUUAAAUAUAACCACGAUGUCCCCCAGUAAAAAUUGUGAGAAAAUUCUCAGUUUUAGUACUUUUUAUGUAGAAUAACAUAUCAAAAAAUUGAAGGGGCAUUUUUUUUCAUUUUCGAGAAAAAAAAAUUACAAGUUUUAUUUUUGUUGCAAAAGUAGGUACCAUUAGAAACCUAAAAAUGACAAUUUUUACAUUUUUGAAAUAUUUUACCAAUGUGAAGACGAAUAUGUGAAAAAAAUCCCUCUCCCCCCAAAUUUGUCAACGAAUUGACGAGAAAUGCAAUUUUUCGUGGAACAUGAAUAAUUUUAUUUUAAGAGUGAAAUAUAGGUACCUAUUGAAAAAAUGUGGCCGCCGUUGACAAAUUGGGGUGAAAAACGAUAAAACGACCAUUUUGUAUGCUUUAUUUUACAUUUUCAUCGGAGAACAAUAAUAUCAACAAUUUUGAAAAGUUAGUUGUUCUGUUCAGAAAAUGAAAAUUUGCACUUUUCAAAUGAUUUGGGUAUUACCUAGAAAUCAAAAAUUUCCUCUUCAAUUUUUUAAUUCUUAAAAUUUUUGAAAAGAGCAUCUUGAAUGGCCCGAGCGAAGCGAGGGCAAAAUUUUUGGAAAAUUUUUGAUUCGAAAAGUAGAACAUCAAUUUAAAAAAAAUGAAAAUUUGAAAUUUUGGUGGGAUAGUGUACGGGAAAUCGAACAACACAUGUAACGAAGACCCUGACUACAAUAUUAACUUCGUCGAAUUACUCAACAAUCAAAACAUAUUUCAAAAUAAUAAAAAAAUAUUUAUUAUUGAAAUUGGUCGUUGACCCAGGAAUGGUUCAACGAACCUACACGUAAAUAAAAACUUUGAGCUAUGAGCUCGUAUAACUUUCACGUACAAAGACAAAAACAAUAUUAACGCGAAAUUUAACAUUUCAUAACGAAAAUAAAAAAUACACGAAUACAUAUUUAACAGCCAACAGUUUCAACGAAAUUUCAAAAAACUAUAAUCAACUAAACAGCCAAUAGUUUCUAUUACGCGAUUUUACGAAAACGAAUUUAUUUUUAUUUAUUUAAAAAAUAAAAAGUUAUCGAAUACUUAUUGAUACCGUUACGGUUAUAAGACCAAUUUUGCCAACAGAUAGCUUCAAUUUUUCAGAGAUUUUUGAUGUGAAUUCUUGGAAAUUUUCUUGCUUUUUGAAGGAAUUUCUAUACUAUUUUUUAACUUUCUUGCCACUCAUGCGAAUUUCUCGCCUUUUUUUUAACUUUCUUGCCUUUUUUUUUUGCCAGUAGACACUCUGAUCGCAAGCAAAAUGUUACAAUAUGGAUCUUAGACUUGGUUUGUGCGGACACUUCGAAUGAAAUUAUAUUUUCAACUUAUUAAAUUAUUCUAGUCAAUUUUACGCAUUGCCAGUGUUGGUUAUUGUUAUUAUUACUCAUUUUAAUUCGACCAUAUUGAGAUACUUUUCAUUAUUAUUUUCAUAAUCGUAAUAAAUGUUAUCUACCAUUUUUAAUUUCCGAGCUGUAAUGACUUAUUCUUAAGAAAAUGACGUCAAUCGGAAUUUUCUUAUCAAUCAAUGAAUCAAAGGGCACACAUAAAUCGAAUGAACAGUAUAUUUACAAUUUUUAAAACCAAAUAUCAACUUGAAAAUUAGAGGAACACGACGAACGCGACCGAACAGGACGCGUUUUUGCAGUGCUUUGCAAACAAAAUAUGAUCAACCAACAAAAGAUUUUUAAAAUAAAAAACAUAAUUACCAUGAAAAAAUAUUAACUAAAAGAAAUGAACCUGUAAAAAUAACUUGAGAUAGCAACUGCGUUGUAUUGGAUUAACAUUGGGAGAAGGGAGGGAGGAAGAAAAACUAAAAAACCAAACACAUACCAACGUCUUACAAAUUUAAAAUUAGGGUAAUGUUGAUGGGUAUGAUAAUUUUUGUACUGUGUUUAGUUUGAAUUCGAAUAGUUUGUAGUUUCGAGUGCGCCACUGUUGUAGCAACGCACUCUAGCUUGCUAGUUACGAUAUCUAGUUCGAAUUGUUGUUGUUAUGAUCGUAUUAUUAUGUAUUUAUGCUCGAAUUAUACAGUCCACUGUUCGUGUUGAUUUUAUUCGAACGAGUUCGUAUUAUUUUCCAAUUUUCUAUUCGAAUAUUGAGUAAUUAUUUCGCGAAUAAAUAAACAUGGUCCUUCGGGCCGGAUGUAAUUCCGGAUAAAUUGUGUAGUUCGCGAAGUAAAAUUCGUAAAAUUCGUAAAUUUCGUUCGUUAUGUUCGAAAUAAAAUUCGUUGUAAUUGUGCAAUUUCGUUGAUUGUGCAAAAAAUUCGAUUGGUUCGUAUUCGUAUUCGUAAUUGUAUUCGUUGAUUUUAACGUUCGUUGAAAAUGGGUGAAUCUGCUGCCGAAAAACAGCAGAGACUUGCUCGAGAAAAAGCUGCCAAAGACAAGGCUGACUAUGAAAGGGCUGUCAACAGCAAAAGAAGACUGCUCCAUGCCUGUGAACGUGAUAAAGCUCAUCUACAAGCUCUGGUUGAGCAAACGGUAUCGAAUGAAAUGAUUUGUCAACUCGAAGUAUUUAUCGAUUCGUGGCGUAAAAAUUUGAUUGAACUAGAAGCUGUCGAUGAAGUUUUAUUCAAAAAUGUUGGUACCAGUUUAACUGCUGAUGAAAUCUUUGAGAAAGAAAAGGAAAUCAUGAAGGAUCGUGAUGACCUACUUUAUGAACUCAAUUUAAUCGUUGCUCGAGCUAAAACGUUCGCGGAAUCCUUGAAGCCUCCAAUCGCUAGCAGUACUCCUUCUCGACGAUCUGGUCCAAAUACUUCAUUUUCGGAUCCAGGUUUUGGAUUUUCUCCAACAAUUUGAUUGAACGAUAUCCCUCUACCAAAAUUUGAUGGUAAUUAUGGUGAAUUUAUCGAUUGGUUCAACGAAUUUUCGAGUACAAUUGACAAAAAUGAAGCCUAUGACGAUUAUCAAAAAUUGUAUUUGUUGAAAAGAUGCAUGGUUGGUAAAGCAGUCGAAUCGAUGAAGGACGUUGGUACUGAGGGAAAGCUGUAUAAACCUACGUUGCAAGGUUUAUAUAAAUCGUUCUUCAAUCGCAGGCGAAUAAUUGCUGAACAUUUCGUCAAUAUCGUUGAUCUUCCUGCGAUUAAAAACACAAACAUUCGAGAAAGUGUCGAGAAAUUAAAACGAUGUCUACGUGGGUUGAAUGCUGCUGGAUUAGAUACAAAUUCGAUUUCACCAAUGGUUACAUUUUUAACUGCUCGAAAAUUGCCAGACAAGCUGAGAAUGGAUUGGGACACAAGUAAUCACGAUUAUUCAGUGUACCCCUCGUUCGAAUCACUCGCAUCGUUCCUGAUAAACAGAAGCUUUGCCUAUGAAACUGCCAAUCUAGGUGAGCCAAAGGAGAAAACAAACUCGUCACCUCCUGGUAAACAAAACAAGUCGUCCGAAAAAUCGAAUCAAGGUGACAAGAAAUCAUUAGCAGCUGUGAAACAACCUUGUAACAUAAAAUGCAUUGUGUGUGGUGAUCCACAUUUUCUAAACCAAUGUAAGGUGUUUGGUGGAAAAACUGUCAACGAACGUUUUAGUAUUGUCAAAGGAAAUCGAUUGUGUUUGAAAUGCUUCAACCCUUUUCAUGGCAUUAGUGCUUGUAAAAGGCCAAAUUGCUCCAAGUGCCAAGGGGCUCACAACGUUUUGCUCCAUCGUGAAUAUGUUGCACCUUCGUCACUCAACUCCAGUGCUGAAAACAAUUCAAAUUCGUCAUCGCAGCAGUCAACUACUUCGACCAACGAUCAAACUGGAACAACCUCAACGACUAUGUGCGCCACUUCCUCAGCUCGGAAAUGCGUAUUGUUAUCAACUGCGGUGGUUAAGGUAAUUUGUGGAAAUAAAAUCGAAUUAGCUCGAGUAUUGUUUGAUCAAGGUUCUGAAAUUAGUUUGGUAAGUAGGGAGUUUUGUGUUCGAACGAAAUUACUAGGGCUAGGAUUUAUAUGCGCUAAAAAAUCAAUUAUAUGCGCUUUAAAUAUGCGCUAAAAAUGACGAAAAUAUGCGAAUAUAUGCGCUAAAAUGACAAAAUAUGCGAAUAUAUGCGCUAUAAAAGUGCAGCAUGUUGCAUAUCAAAAUAAAGGUAUUUUCAAUCUGAAGCUAAAAUUGCAGUUUAUAAACAGAAAAAAUACACGCAUUCAGAUUUAUUUCAUAAAAUAGCAUUUUCUUUUUACAAAAGGGAGAAUUAUAGGUACAUUGGAAUAACAUCCGAUUAUCAAAUGCUCUUUGAGAUUGUCAUUCCAAAACGAUUUCCAGUUGUCUCUGAGCACAGAUAGAAAUAAAACUAUGGUUUUAAUUUUUUUUUUUAAUUUUAAUUUGAGAAAUCGACAUUUUUUUUUAAUUUUGCGUUUCUUAAAUCAAUUUUUGCAAUUUUUUUCCGAAAUAUGCGCUAACGACUCAAAAUAUGCGAUAAAUAUGCGCUAUAAGAGCAUUUUUUGAUGAAAAUAUGCGAAUAUAUGCAUUUAUACCCAAAAUAUGAGGAAAUAUGCGCUAAAAAAUUUCACCAUUCGUAUAAGUAAUGUAUGAAUCGCAAAAGAAACAGUGAUAUGCGGUAUCUAGUAUAUCCAAAACAGAUAUGCGUUUGCAUAUAAAUCCUAGCCCUAGAAAUUACCUAUGUUUAAAAGUGAAAAUGAAACGUCUCUAGUAGGCAUAAAUAAUACUUCGACUAAAUUGAAUUUGUCAGUUCGUUGUGUUUUGAAAUCUCGUUUUUCUGAGUUUUCUAUUGCUAUUGAUGCCGAAGUAAUUGGUAAAAUUCCAUGUAAUGUUAAUCGUAAUGAUGUAAAACCUAUUAUUAAAAAGUUUUCACUCGAAUUCGUGGAAAAUUUCGAAUUACCUUACGAUAAUGUAGACAUAUUGUUAGGUAGUGAAUAUGUAGAAUUUAUUUUAGGUGAACAACGUCGUUUUGUUGAAGGUAUUUGCUUGCGUGAUUCUCAAUUCGGAGUUGUAAUUUCUGGUUCCCAUUCGAAUUCGAAAUCUGCCUUUUUUGUUCAGCAGAAUACUUUUUGUGGGUUUUCUAAUGUGGAGUUGUCUCGUCAGUUCGAUCGGUUUAUGAAAAUUGAUGAAGUUUCUGAUGAAAAAACCUUGCAUGAUGAAAAGAUCGCCGAAUUCGAGUUAAUUAACAAGCAUUUCGAAGAUACAGUUGAAAUUGACCCUGAGUCAAAACGUUUUGUUAUUUCGUUGCCUUUGAAACCAACUGUAAAAUUAUUGAAAGGUUCGUUUUCGAAAGCAAAAUCGAUAUUUCUGAGGUCAGAAAAACGUUUGUCUGAUGUUGCCAAAAAGGCAUACGAUGACAUUUUUGAUGAAUAUUCGAAGCUAGGUCACAUGCAGGUAAUUUUGAAUGUACCAAGACCAGAUGCGUAUUUUAUCCCGCAUCAUUUGGUCACAAAAAUCUCACCUGGUUCAGUGAAUUAUCGUAUCGUUUAUAACGCAUCUUGUAAGGAUGAAUCUGGUACUUCGUUGAAUGACCACCUGUAUGCUGGUCCAGUUAUUCAAAAGGAUCUCUUCUCUCAUUGUAUUCGUUUUCGCGAAUUUAUUUGGGCAAUUUGUGCUGAUAUUUUUCGCAUGUACCGUUCGAUUUUGGUACAUAAAGAUGAUCAUAAAUUUCAAUCUAUUGUUGGUAGGUUUGAAAGAGGAGAGAUUAGUAUUGCUGAACUGACCACUCUGGUGAAUGGUAUAGGUCCAGCUGCGUGGAUAGCUACGAAAUGCUUAGAAAAAACAGCAGAAUUUACUCGUUAUUUCCGGCCAAUAGCGGCUGAUUCGAUCGCGAAAGAGUUCUACAUGGAUAAUUGGAUGUCCGGUGCUCGCAAAAUUGAAGAUUUGAUUGAGUUACAGAAAGCUGUACAUUUUUCUCUCGCACAAUAUGGGUUUAAUUUGACCAAAUAUCAAAGUAACUCGCCUGAAGUUCUUUUGACACUCGAUUCGUCACUUGUAGAACCCUUAAAAACGAAAAUAAUUGGUGGUACCGAUUUUGUGUAUGUUUUAGGGCUAAUUUGGUCCCCAGAAACCAGUGGCGAAGCGUCCAUGGAAGCAAGGGAAGCAAUGCUUCCCUUUAAAUUUUCCGAGUUGUAGAAAAUUAAAUUAAUUAAAAAAUUUCAGUAUAAAUUGACAAUAAAAUAUGAAAAAAUAUUUUAAAACAAUUGAGAAUACUAUCUUGUUUAAAUGUCAUUUGAUGCACCUUUUCUAUUCCCUACAAAACUCAUAAUUUGUGUGUUGGAAGCAAACUGUACAUUGCUUCCAAAAAACCAGUUUUAAGGGAAAAAAGAAUCAUGUUUGCCAUCCUUAACGCGUGCGUUAGAGCGUCGAACGGUGAUUCUUUGGAAGCAAGUCGCUAGUUGCUUCUAGUUGUUUGCUAAUUCUUAAUUUCUUAUUUAUGGUUCUGCAUUUUAUGUGCAUGCGCGUGUUUAUAGCUCUGAUCUAAAAAUUAGGCUAUAUGGAAGUGAGGAGCUCAUUGCAAAAGUAGCCCUUGUCACAUGAACCUAUGCAAUCUCCAAAGCUCUCCCUUGAGCAUAUCCAGUAUCAUGAAUGUAAACUCUAUAAAGCAAUUCCUCUCAGGGCUACUCAGGGUAGACUAACUUGACGGUCAUUUCAUCAUUACAACAUGAUCUCCGCAGUUGGCAAUAGGUGCAAUCGAGUAAAACGUGUCUAAAAGUUCAUGUGACAAGGGCUACUUUUGCAAUGAGCUCCUCAAGUUUAAGUACUCUAUUUUUUGAAAAUUUUCACUACAACAUUGCUUCCCUACCAGUAAAACUCACGCCUCGCCACUGCCAGAAACUGAUUCGUUGAGUAUCAAUGUAAAAAUUGAUGAACUCCCUGAAAUCAUCACAAAACGUGUAAUGCUUAGUGAUACUUCUAAGCUUUUCGAUAUUUUGGGUAUUUUGGCACCUGUUUCGGUGAGAGCCAAAUUAAUUUUGAAAGAGCUUUGGCUAGAGGGUCGAACUUGGGACGAACCAGUGUCAGAUGAGCUGAAGGAUGCAUUUUUGGCCUACAGGGCUGAUUUGAAAUUACUUGAUCGAUUCUCUAUACCUCGUUGUUUGUAUCUUCGUGUAGAAUACCCUGAAAAUUGUACGCGUCAGCUUGUUAUUUUUGCUGAUGCGUCAACAAAAGCCUAUGCUAGUGUCGUUUAUUUUCGUUCAAUUGAUCAAAAUGGUCAAAUAAAAGUUGCGUUUGUAUGUUCAAAGGUGCGAGUUGCGCCAGCAAAGAAAACGCUACAUAUUCAUCAUCUUGAACUUAUGGCCGCUAAGUUAGCUUCAAUUUUGGGGAAGCGUAUUGCAGGAGAAUUGAAAAUUGAAGCAGGGAACGUCUUGUAUUUUUCCGAUUCUCAGGUAGUACUUUCGUGGCUGAAACUAGAUCCGCUUAAACUUAAAAUUUUCGUCUGUAAUCGUGUGAAAAAUAUUGGUAAAAAUUCGAAUUUGAAAAAUUGGUACUAUGUACCUACCAAAGAAAAUCCAGCGGAUCUAGGUACUCGAGGUAUUUUGGCUAAUGAAUUUUUUGAACAAAAUUUGUGGGUUUUUGGACCAACGUGGCUAAAUAAUUUUGAUGAAUUUGAAAAAAUAACCUCAUGUACAUUCGAAUUGGUACGUGAGAUACCAGAAUUAACCAAAGUAGGUAUGGCUAUUUUUAUCAAGGACGAAAUAUUCCUACCUAUUUUGAGCCAUGGUUUAUCUUGGUAUAAAAUUAUUUCGGUUGUUGCUUUUGUUCAAAGAUUUAUUUUUAGAUUACGAUCUGAACGGCUAAAAACGAUAGCCAAUCCAAACCGUAAAGAUGAGAUAUGCGAUCGUAAGUUAGUAGGUAUCAAGCUGAUCCUACCACUAGUUUUACCAUUGGAAACGUGUGAAUGCAAUGACGAGUUUAUUACUCUUGUUAAACAUGUUCAACGAGAACAUUUUCAAAUUGAAAUUGAGUGCUUAUCUUCUAGUGAAAAUAGUCACGUAGAUAAGAAAAGUAAGUUGUUCGAAUUAGCUCCGUUUCUCGAUCCAAAUGGUAUUAUGCGAGAUGCAGGUCGCUUAUCAGCUGCUGCAUUAUCGUAUGAAAGCAAGUUUCCAAUUCUGGUUGAUGCCAGGUCUAAAUUUGUCGAAUGCUAUAUUGAACAUUUGCAUCGAGCAAAUUAUCAUGCCUCUCGUUUGUAUGUGUUGAACGUAUUUCGUACACGUUUCUAUGCAAUUGGUAACGUUAUUACAGUUAUCAAAAAGGUAAUUCGUAAGUGUGUUUUAUGCACACGAAUUCGAGGUGAAACUUUGCGUCAAUUUAUGGCGGAUUUGCCACGGAGUCGAGUUGAAAUAGGUAGACCCUUUGCUAAGAUAGGUGUCAAUUUAACAGGUGCUAUCAAUGUAAAAUGCACUGCACAUCGUGCUGGUAAAUGAAACUUUGCGUCAAUUUAUGGCGAAUUUGCCACGGAGUCGAGUUGAAAUAGGUAGACCCUUUGCUAAGAUAGGUGUCGAUUUAACAGGUGCUAUCAAUGUAAAAUGCACUGCACAUCGUGCUGGUAAAUUAAACAAGGUCUAUCUUGCGUUUUUUGUUUGCUUUGUGACACGUGGUGUUCACAUAGAGAUCGUUGAAGACCUUACGGCUGAUGCGUUUUUAAAUACUCUCGAACGUUUUAUUUAUAGGCGCGGAUUGCCUAAGGCAAUUUACUCCGACAAUGCCACGAAUUUUAUUGGUGUUCGUAGGUUUUUAGAACAGAGCAAACUCGAACGUUUUUUGAGUGAACAUUUGGUCGAAUGGCAUACUAUUGCACCUCGCAGUCCUCACCAAGGUGGAAUUUGGGAGGCUACGGUAAAAUCUGGUAAGAAAAUACUCGAAAAGGCUAUUGGUAGCCAAGUUUUGAACAUUUUAGAACUCUCAACGAUUGCUACAAAAGUAGAGGGUAUUUUGAACUCUCGCCCUAUUUCAUAUCGACGUGAAAAUAGUCUCAUUGAACCUAUCACACCUGCCCAUUUCCUAAUAGGUACGGCGUUGAUGGAACUUCUGAUUGUUGAGGAUUCUAGAACUGUUAAUUUACGUAAUCGUUAUCGCUUAUGGACAAGCGUUGUAAAUACAUUCUGGUCGUUUUGGAGAAAAGAUUAUCUCAAUCACCUUCGUUGUAGGUACAAGUGGAAAGUUGAGGAACGUAAUGUUGAGAUCGACGAUGUUGUUCUUUUCCGUUCGAAUAAUGAAGGUAUUUUUCAAUGGCCUAUGGCCAUAGUCAUUGACGUUUUCCCAGACAAGUCAGGUCUUGUUCGAAAUGUAGAAUUGAGGUUUGCAAAUGGAAGUACUCAAAAAACUUCUGUUCAGAAUCUUAUUUUACUACCUGUUAAGGGUGAUUUGUAAAAUUUUUUGUAAUUCUCAAAUUUGUAAUCAUUUUUCUCCUGAUUUUGUAAUUUUUUUCUCGUAACUCGUAAUUAUGUCAAUGUAUCAUGUAAUAUGAUUAGUUUUAUGAUUGAUUUUUGUCAAUUGUUAACUUGUUGAUAAUUUUAAGUUGUUUAGAUUAAUUAAAAAUAAGGUGUACCUUAUUUUUGAGGGGAGGAUGUUGAUGGGUAUGAUAAUUUUUGUACUGUGUUUAGUUUGAAUUCGAAUAGUUUGUAGUUUCGAGUGCGCCACUGUUGUAGCAACGCACUCUAGCUUGCUAGUUACGAUAUCUAGUUCGAAUUGUUGUUGUUAUGAUCGUAUUAUUAUGUAUUUAUGCUCGAAUUAUACAGUCCACUGUUCGUGUUGAUUUUAUUCGAA